CACCCCCCGCGAUGUUUCAGCAGUGUUCCUCCUGCAUGUGUGCUAGUGGAGGAAUGUUUAGUGGAUGUCCGAUUUCCAGCAAACAGGGUUCUAGAGCUUGGACGCGAGUUUUCUUAAACUGACCAUUUUGAAGUGAUCAGAAGAUGGUUGGAGGGAGGGACUGAGGUAGAAGGAACACUACUGUUACUUCCAUACUGCAAAACAUCUGACUGUCUCAGGAGUGCGUAGGGGGUGAGGAGGCCAGGAUGGGCCCUCCAGAUCUCGGCCUCCCAGACCCCCUGCUGACCCUACCAGGCUUUGCCAGUGCAUUUGAAGAUGUCAGCCACUUCACCUGUCCUGGAGGUCCCAGUCACCCAGGGGGAUCGGUCCACUCAGGGACCCCUGGGAUGUGUCACCUCUCCUGGGCUCCUCUGGCCGUCACCUCCCUAUCUUCCCUUGGUCUUGAUCUCAGCUCCAUCCUCUGCUCUUCCUACAGGACCACAACGGGGCCUGAUGUUUACAGGAUGUCUGAAAACUACGCCUCUCCUGGACAAACUCCAUCUGAAAACAACGCCUCUACAGGACAAAGCCCUUCUGAAAACAACACCUCUACAGGACAAAGCCCUUCUGAAAACUAUGCCUCCACAGGACAAACUCCAUCUGAAAACUACGCCUCUACAGGACAAACUCCAUCUGAAAACUACACCUCUACAGGACAAAGCCCUUCUGAAAACUAUGCCUCCACAGGACAAACUCCAUCUGAAAACUACGCCUCUACAGGACAAACUCCAUCUGAAAACUACGCCACUACAGGACAAAGUACCAAUAACUACACCUGCGUGAGACAUACAUGUUCUGAACUCAGGCCACAUGGACCAGACCACUACCGCCCCACUACCCCUGUAGCCUGCCUCCUCACCACCUCCAAUUCAUCCGCCUCUCCAUCCUUCUGCUCCCCUUCUUCAUCUGUGUCCUCCACCUCUCCGCUGUCUUUCUUACCUCCCUCUUCCUCCUCUCUCUCCUCCAUCUCCUCUACCUACUCCUCUGCCGUGGAGGUGCUAUCCAGUCCUCUCAAUGCUGGUCCUCCCAUGAUCCUCAGUGAAGGAACCUUGCAGCAGAAACUGCAGGAGAGAACUCAGGAGGUGUACUACACAAUACAGACCCAACUGCAACAAGAGGAGCCUCCUCUGAAACAGGAACCAGCAGAAGUGUUCCUACCUUGCGAUGGGGAGCAGAUUCACUUUGACAACCAGCAGGAGGCAAUGUUUUUUCUCAAGCAGCAAUACAUUGGAGGAGACCAGCAGGCCCUGGGGGUCCCCAGUUACCCUGCCCAGGACAGGACUCCAACCCAGCCUCAGGCUACUCAAUCCCAACCAAGGAGGCAACCAAGCCCCCUCACAGUGACCAGCCCUGGUUCUUGUCACUCCGUGGAUCUAUGGCAGGACCACCCAGUCCUCUGGUGUGGAUGGACGGACUGCAAUGCAGCAUUUGCCCAUCAGGAGGAGCUGGUGAGGCACAUCGAGAAAACACACAUCGACCAGAGGAAAGGGGAGGAGUUUUCUUGUUUGUGGGCGGGGUGUGUGCGGCGCUACAAGCCGUUUAACGCCCGCUACAAGCUGUUGAUCCACAUGCGGGUUCACAGCGGGGACAAACCCAACAGGUGCACGUUUGAGGGCUGCACCAAGGCCUUCUCUAGACUGGAGAACCUGAAGAUACAUCUGAGGAGCCACACAGGAGAGAAACCUUAUGUUUGUCAGCACCCAGCCUGCACCAAGGCCUUCAGCAACUCCAGUGAUCGAGCCAAGCACCAGCGCACUCACCUGGACACGAAGCCAUACGUGUGUCAGAUUCCUGGGUGCCCCAAACGUUACACGGACCCCAGCUCCCUGCGAAAACAUGUCAAAGCCCAUGGAGCUAAAGGCCUGCAGAGGAGAGACACGACCCAGGUGCAGUGUAGACUUGAGCAGAACUUCUCAAAGGACUGUGUCUCCCGAUAUCCCCUCUAUGGAUCUAUCCCCAUUCGGGGGUGUACUGACAGGGACGACCUUAACCCUGAGGGGAAUGGAACCAGCCGGUCCCCUGUGUCAGACGUGGAGGGAUUCCCUGGUGGAUGGAGGAUUUCAGGAGCAGACCUGUGCUGUGGGUCCAACAUGCCCCAGAGGAGAGCUGUUCCUGGGCAUGUCUCUCUAACUCAAACCCCAGGCUGCCCAAUAAUUGGAGGCCCAGAGAACUGCAAUCCCAGCACCAGGUCUUCUCUGGCCAGGAACGGGCUGGUGUGCCCAUCCCUGGCCUCUGUGGUUGACCAGGUGAAGUCCAGUGCAGCAGGACUACAGGAGCAGGUCCCCCACAGGGCCCCCACCCAGCAUGCUGCUGUCCUACCUCGGCAGAGGGGAGACUGGAUGACUGGCCAGAACCAGAGCAACGGAAGCUGUAAUCAAGAUGGCUACUCUGUGAACUUGUCUGCAGGCUUUGAGGGACCCAAACUCCAUUGCCCAGCUGGAGGUGGUGGUAGUGGGGGAGGGGAAGCUGGGGGUUCGGCUGGUCAGCCCUACUCCCUGUGCCCAGACGACAGCUUCCUCUUCCAGCCGGGAGUGUUUGAGCGCUGCGCUGGCCAGUUCUACUCCCUCUCCUCCUUAGAAUCAUAUGAUGCCCUUUAUCAAUCCAGCACAGACUCCGGACCUCCAGAACCUUCCUCUCUACAGCCUGGUGAUGAACAGGACCUGGGGGUGUGGUAAUGUAGCAGACCUCCAGAACCUUCCUCUCUACGUCCUGGUGAUGAACAGGACCUGGGGGUGUGGUAAUGUAGCAGACCUCCAGGACCUGGGGUGAGGCAGCCCUGUCUGUGUUUGAACAGAGCUUUUCUGAUCUCCCUUCCUUCGUCAUGUGCUGCCCUCUGACCUGCAGGCUGGUGUGCCCAUCCCUGCCCUCUGACCUGCAGGCUGGUGUGCCCAUCCCUGCCCUCUGAACUGCAGGCUGGUGUGCCCAUCCCUGCCCUCUGACCUGCAGGCUGGUGUGCCCAUCCCUGCCCUCUGAACUGCAGGCUGGUGUGCCCAUCCCUGCCCUCUGACCUGCAGGCUGGUGUGCCCAUCCCUGCCAUCUGUGGUUGACCAGGUGAAGACCAGUGCAGCAGGCCGAUGUCACCCACAGCCUGGUUCAGUUCUCAAAUCUACUCAGACUGUUAUGAUAUGAGACUGUUAUGAUGUCAGAUUGUUAGAAUGGGAGACUGUUAGGAUUUCCGACUGUUAGGAUUUCCUACUGUUUCGAUGUCCGACUGUUUCGAUGUUCGACUGUUUCGAUGUCCGACUGUUUCGAUCUCCGUCUGUUAUGAUGUCAGACUAUUAUGAUGGCCAGUCUGCCAUAAUGAGGUCAAGCCAUAAUGAUGUCCAACCAAACUGAUGUCAAGCCAUAAUGAUGUCCAACCAUACUGAUACCAGCCAUAAUGAUGUCCAACCAUACUGAUACCAGCCAUAAUGAUGUCCAACCAUACUGAUGUCCAACCAUACUGAUGUCCAGCCAUAAUGAUGUCCCACCAUACUGAUGUCCAGCCAUAAUGAUGUCCAACUAUACUGAUGUCCAGCCAUAAUGAUGUCCAGCCAUAAUGAUGUCCAACCAUACUGAUACCAGCCAUAAUGAUGUCCAACCAUACUGAUGUCCAACCAUACUGAUGUCCAGCCAUAAUGAUGUCCAACCAUACUGAUGUCCAGCCAUAAUGAUGUCCAACCAUACUGAUGUCCAGCCAUAAGGAUGUCCAACCAUACUGAUGUCAAGCCAUAAUGAUGUCCAACCAUACUGAUGUCCAGCCAUAAGGAUGUCCAACCAUACUGAUGUCCAACCAUACUGAUGUCCAGCCAUACUGAUGUCCAACCAUACUGAUGUCCAGCCAUAAUGAUGUCCAACCAUACUGAUGUCCAGCCAUAAUGAUGUCCAACCAUACUGAUGUCCAGCCAUAAUGAUGUCCAGCCAUACUGAUGUCCAGCCAUAAUGAUGUCCAGCCAUACUGAUGUCCAGCCAUAAUGAUGUCCAACCAUACUGAUGUCCAGCCAUAAUGAUGUCCAACCAUACUGAUGUCCAGCCAUAAGGAUGUCCAGCCAUAAUGAUGUCCAACCAUACUGAUGUCCAGCCAUAAUGAUGUCCAACCAUACUGAUGUCCAGCCAUAAGGAUGUCCAACCAUACUGAUGUCAAGCCAUAAUGAUGUCCAACUAUACUGAUGUCCAGCCAUAAUGAGAUUUACCAUACUGAUGUCCAGCCAUAAUGAGAUUUACCAUGCUGGAGUUUCUGCUACGUAUGUCGAUAUGGAAUGGAACAACCUUAAUGGCACUGAGCACCUCUGCAUUUCUCAAGCACCUUAGACACUAAUCUCUGUCACAUCUUUAUUAGAGUCAACACCUUAGACACUAAUCUCCCUUUCACCUUUUUAUUGGUCAACACCUUAGACACUAAUCUCUGUCACAUCUUUAUUAGAGUCAACACCUUAGACACUAGUCUCUCUGUCACCUCUUUAUUAGAUUCAACUGUCUUGUUUCUGUCCCAUCAUAAUAAGUCAGUAUUUAAUAUGGUAUUUAGACUCGAAAGGAAGGAGAGUUGUGUUUACAUUGUUUUUAUAUAAUUUUUUAUUGUAUCUCACAGGGUUAAAAUGAAAAGAACAAAGAUAACAUGUUUACAUUACUCAGCUAGUAAAGAAUGUCUCAGUUGAAUUGUAUAUGCAGCUGUUUAUUGUUUAACCAUAAUAUGUUGAUAUAUGUGCAGCAAAUCAUCAGCCUUAAUUUGAGUGGUGCGAUGGUUGAGAUUGAACAAAGCAACUCCUGCCAGUGUUUUGUAAAAAAUAAUGAUGAUAAUAAUAAUAAAGGAUAGA